AUGGCCGGCCCAAAUAUGGAGAUGUUUCGUUUUGCAAUGUACGUGUUCUUUCCCAUUGCUUCCAUGUACUACUUCGGUGAUAUCUCCUUCUACAACAAAUACGUCGCACAUCAUGGACAGUUGCAACUCUGGCCAGAUUCAAAUCCCAUUGAGAAGCUACCACAGGAUCCAACAGAUCUGAAGGAAGAGUUGGAGAAGGCACAGCAACGGCGGUUAGAGAAGAAGAAGCUGAGGGAGGCUUUUGUGGCACAGCAAAACCAGGGAGCUGCAGAGAGCUCAUAAAAUGCAUGUUCAGAGAGCAAUGCAAAUCGAACAUAAUGCUAGGCUUAAGCAGAACCAGAGCAACCAAUCUCCUCUCUUUCCUCUGCCACGCCGGUAUGCUUCGAGUCUCGACGCUCAGUGUCUCGCGGCUUGCACGUCUCGUCACCCACACCAUCUCACUGCUGAUCCAUAGCGUCGUCCUCCCCGACACUCUCCUGUCCUCCCUGUCCCCCCAAUGCACCCAACCCUACCCCACUCCCCAUCAACCCCUGCCUCGCCAUCUCCUUUAACUCAGCCUUCAAUGCAUACUUCCCAUGAUGUGGCCCCGCCCUAUUCAACCUCGCAAUCCCCUCC